CGUGUUACACGUCUUCACUCAUAAACAACUCAUGAUUAUAUGACCAUUGUUGUUUGAAAGUUUAUCAAGAGCGUCAUGGGAGCCACUCUCACUCAAACGCAACCAGACAUCUCCUACCAUCCCGACUUCGAGAAAUAUCAGAUACGCACUGAGCGGCUGAAAGCCGUCCGAGCACCCAACUCUGAUCUCCCGGCUGGGUUUCCAGAGCAAUUAACAGGGCCAUUGGUGUGGGAAAAGAAAGAUUUCUUGGACGAAAGAGAAUGGACAUUCUCAUUAAACGAGUCGCAUCUCGAAGAGAUCCAGAACGCCUUACAGCAUUUCAAGUCACUAAACAAGCUAAUUGGUUAUGUGUCCCAAACGACCUUCCCCCUGCCCACUCUCUCCCCCAUCCUCCGUCAGCAAGCACACGCUCUCUCCUCUGGCCGAGGUUUCUUUGUUCUACGAGGUCUCCCGGUCGAUAACUAUACCACUGAAGAAAGCAUCAUAAUUUACGCCGGCACCUCUUCUCACAUUGCUUCCAACCGGGGCCGGCAGGACAAUAAAAUCAUUGACGGACGCAAACAAUCCUCAAUGUUGAAUCACAUUAAAGAUCUGUCCAAGACGAAAGAAGCCGGAAAUAUCGGUGCUCCCGCUUAUACGACCGAUAAGCAGGUAUUUCAUACGGAUGCAGGAGAUAUUGUGAGUUUGUUUUGUUUGCAGACCGCGGAGAGGGGAGGCGAGAGUAAGCUGGCGAGUAGUUGGAGGGUUUAUAAUGAGUUGGCGAGGACGAGGCCGGAUUUGAUUAAGACUUUGGCUGAAGAUUGGGCUUUUGAUGGGUAUGGGAACAAGGAACAACCAUACACAGUCAGGCCUCUCCUUCACUACACGCCUGCGACAGAGAAGAAUCCGGAGAGGGUAGUGAUUCAGUACGCUCGUCGCGGCUUCACGGGGUUCCUGCAUCUGCCGAGAAGUUCAAAUAUCCCGCCGAUUACGGAAGCGCAAGCUGAAGCUCUUGAUGCAUUGCACUACCUUGCUGAAAAAUUCAGUGUUUCGCUCGAUUUUCAGAGGGGAGAUGUGCAGUAUAUAAAUAAUUUGAGUAUAUUUCACGCCAGAGAUGGAUUUGUUGAUGCUCCUGGGGGAGAGAGACACUUGCUGAGACUUUGGUUGAGGGAUCCGGAGCUUGCGUGGGAGACGCCAGCUGCGCUGAAAACUCGCUGGGAUGAGCUUUAUAAAAAUGUGACGGAGGAAGAACAAGUGUUUCCGCUUGAGCCGAGGAUUCGAGGUGGUGCCGGGAAAGCAUGAUUGUAUGAUUUGGAAGUGUUGAUAUUUCUAUUAUGAAUACUCUGGGUACCCUGUCCCAAGACUUAUCUAAAUCUAUUCUAUCC